GAAGAGAUCGUCAACCUCCCCAACCUCCUUACCCUCUCCCGCAUCCUCUCCGUCCCGUUCCUCGGGCACUUGAUCUUGACAGAUCGUCUCCUCGAGGCCACUGCCCUCCUCUUUGUCGCAGGCUGCACAGACUUAAUUGACGGAUGGCUCGCUCGCAAAUGGAACGCCUAUACCGUUUUUGGAUCAAUCGCUGACCCAGCGGCGGAUAAAUUGCUGAUGACCGUCAUGGUCGCUACGCUUGGCUGGAAAGGACUGUUGCCGCCCUCGCUUGCUGUGCUCAUCCUCGCAAGGGAUGUAGGACUCGUCCUGCUGGCUUUCAGGAUACGCUAUGUGACACUGCCUAGACCAAUGACUCUGCAAAGGUACUUUAAUCCGAAGUUGCCAUCGGCGCAAGUUCAGCCGACACAGGUGAGCAAGUACAACACAUUUCUUCAGCUCCUGUCGGUUGGG